ACUUCAUGACCAUCUUGUGAGGUAACUUGAUGACCAUCUUGUAAGGAGUAGCAGAUUAAUUUCACAUACAGGGUAAUUUGGAUCCCAAUAAAGUUGCACAUAAGGAAUUGGAGAAGGUCAAUCAACAUCUAGGCCACCACUCUUUGAUGGCACCAACUACUCCUAUUGGAAGGAACGGAUGAGAAUCUAUAUCCGUUCCACCAACUUCCAAUUGUGGUUGGUGAUGAAAAAUGGCGAAGAAAUCCCUAUGAAGAAAGUGGGAGAAACCACGGCCCCAAAGACCGAGAACGAAUUUGAUGCCGAGGACAUCAAGAAGAUUGAGAAUUAUGCAAAGGCCAUCAAUAUGCGAUAUUGUGCGGCCAACCCCGAUGACUACCGAAAGAUCUCCUGUUGCACAACCGCCAAGGAGAUGUGGGACAAGCUUGAAGUAACGUACGAAGGUACCGAUCAAGUGCGUGAAACCAAGAUCGAUUUUCUCACCCAAGAGUAUGAAAUGUUUCGAAUGAAGGAAGGUGAGAAAAUCGACGACAUGUUUGAUCGUUUCUCAAAAAUCAUAAACGAUCUUCAUGCUCUUAAGAAGACGUAUACCAACAAGGAUCUCCGGAAGGGAAGAAAGCACGACGGUCCUCCCAAGUGCUACGGCUGUGGCGAGAUUGGCCACAUCAAGCCAAGGUGUCCAAAAGCCAAACACGGCAAGGACAAGCCCGGCUUUAAGAAGCAAAAGGCUUACAUCUCUUGGGGCGGCGAUUCCGGUGACGAAUCAACCGACCAAGAGGAGGACGAAGCUGCAAAUCUUUGCCUCAUGGCGCACGAAGAUCAAAACGACGACGUCCAAGAGAACAGCGCUUUACAACUGCAAAACAGCGCUGUCCCAACAGCGAUGUCCCCUGUAGAACAUCGUUGUUCUGAAUUCUCCACUAUGGGCAAAGACAAGAGCAGGGCUGCCACCUUCGGGAAAUCAAAGUCCAAAUCCCGGGCGCCUGCGACGUCCUCCGAGGAACGCCUCUACUACGGCAAUGGGUCGUACCUCUGGUUCGAUUCCAAGGAGGAGCGCACCCGCUUUCUCACUUUCUUCUCUAAACAGGUUGUGGCUCCCCCACGGAUCGUCCUGGAGCGCUUCCCAGAGUUGCAGGGCUACGACAAUCUAGACGCGCAGCUUCAUCAAGCCGGCCUUUGGCCGUUCGUCUCCCGGGCUCGGAAGGAGAUCAACCAGGCGCUGAUCCGGGCCUUCUACUCCAACCUCUGGCAUGAGAACGACGUGCUCUACUCGCUUGUCAAGAGCAAGCCGAUUGAGCUUUCCGUUGAGCAGCUUGGGCGCAUCGCCGGCCUCCCCUUCCAAGGCGACGACGUCUCCCACUAUGGCAGACAUCUCCCCUUCAAAAGAAUUGGAGAAGGUCAAUCAACAUCUAGGCCACCACUCUUUGAUGGCACCAACUACUCCUAUUGGAAGGAACGGAUGAGAAUCUAUAUCCGUUCCACCAACUUCCAAUUGUGGUUGGUGAUGAAAAAUGGCGAAGAAAUCCCUAUGAAGAAAGUGGGAGAAACCACGGCCCCAAAGACCGAGAACGAAUUUGAUGCCGAGGACAUCAAGAAGAUUGAGAAUUAUGCAAAGGCCAUCAAUAUGCGAUAUUGUGCGGUCAACCCCGAUGACUACCGAAAGAUCUCCUGUUGCACAACCGCCAAGGAGAUGUGGGACAAGCUUGAAGUAACGUACGAAGGUACCGAUCAAGUGCGUGAAACCAAGAUCGAUUUUCUCACCCAAGAGUAUGAAAUGUUUCGAAUGAAGGAAGAUGUGGAGAUGUUCCAAAAGGAGUUUCUUGAGAAGGAGAUAAUCAUGCUGAGGAUUGUGGAGCUGCUUCUCUUUCAUGACGCUACAUAUGCCCCGUGCAAAGUCCCCUUCCAACGGCAAAGUUUGCUCAAAUUCAUCUCUUUGAAGUAUGAUUUUUACUUCUUCAAUCUUAUCUGUAAAAUUUAUUUAAAUCUUCAUAUUACUCUUGGUGAUAGUCCGAUCUUGAUUUCCCACGUUGACGGCAAAACCAUUCAGGUUGAUGCCAAGACCUUGACGGCUAUUCUUGGUCUCCGUCAAGGUGGAGUCUGUGGUAACUUUGAUGGUACCUUUGUGGACAAAGCUAUUUGGCAAAACCUUAGCGUACCAUUUCAUCGGCUUUCAUACGCCAAUUCCUCAAACCCGAGUGUCACCAACCUCACUUUGACCCAACAAGUGCUUCAAUACAUUUUUUGUGAUGUGUUGUUGCCCCGCGAUUCGAGCCAUGGCGUCGUGAACAAGGAUGAUAUCCAUUUGUUACACGUUCUUUUAAACGACGUCAAAAUCAAUUGCGUCAAUUUCUUUUUUGUUGCUCUUCGUGAUGGCUCUCGACUCCAUCACCUUCAUUUUGCGGUCCCAAUCAUGCUUAUUCUUCUUCGUUGCAAAGUGGACUUUUCGCGGGACAUACGAGUACCGGUGAAGAAGACGUGCUUCAUCCAAGAGAUGAAGUUGACCCGUUUCAUUUGCGGGAACGAUGGUGAAAUGCCUCAACCACGAGCGACCGCGAUCGAGCAAGACGCGAGCAUUCAUGAGAGUCAAGCUGAAACCGAAGCCAUGCCGAGCCGCACCGGAGAGGGACCAAGCAAUGCCGGAGAAGGAUCGAGCAAUGUAGGUGAAGAGACGAGUCGUUCCGUGCCUCUCCUAUUUUCCGCCGUUCUCCGUGGUCCAUCGAAAAAAAACUCAUCGCCUUUCUCCGCUGUCCUUUUUCGUUCCACGCCGUGACCAGAGCAGCGGCUUCGAUUCUCCAUCACCGGUCUCCAUCCCCAUAUUCUCUUUUCGGAAAUUUCAGAUUCCCACAGAUCAGGUAUCUCAAAUUAUCAGAUUUAAUUUUUUUUUAAACUUAUAGUUCUACAUGAUUUCUGUUCGUGUACAGAAAAUUGCUAUUUGCUAUAUGAAUUAGGAUUUUUUUUAUAUCAAAUACAUAAUUGGAGAUGAAAUUUUUUUUUGAUAUCACAUACCGGCCUGGACCAUAAUACAAUAAGAUUUUUAAUUUUCC